GGUCUCUGCUGAUGACGUGACCAAAGCUCAUAGGAUGAAGUCGCACCAUCCUCACUCAUAAGGAGCAUUCUGGCCGUACUUCUUCCAAGACAGAUCUAUUUAUUCUCCUGGAACACCAGGGUACUUCUCAUAUUCUUCGCCAACACUGUAAUUCAGAAGCAUCUAUCCUCCGGUCUCCCUUAUUCAUCAUUCCAGUCUUCAUCUGCAUCGUGACUGACAAUAUUAAGGACUAGCUCCAAAUGGCAAAUGUGGAUAAAGAGUCCGUGCAACCCCUCCUCUCUGAGGGACUUCCUGAGGUAAAUUCCGGGCCUAUGAAUAUCCAGUUCGAUUCAUCAGACCUCAGAUCAAAAAGGCCUUUCUAUAUAGAACCCACAAACAUCGUCAAUGUGAAUAAUGCCAUUCAGAGAGUUAGCGACCAGGCCUCUGCCAUGAACAAAAGGAUUCAGUACUACAGCCGACUCGCCGCUCCUGCAGACAAGGCACUGAUUGCCCCAGAUCAUGUCGUUCCAGCUCCAGAGGAGUGCUAUGUGUACAGUCCACUGGGUUCUGCUUAUAAACUAGAAAGGUACUCUGAAGGAUAUGGUAAAAACACCAGUUUAGUAACCAUUUUUAUGAUUUGGAAUACCAUGAUGGGAACAUCUAUACUAAGUAUUCCUUGGGGCAUAAAACAGGCUGGAUUUACUACCGGAAUGUGUGUCAUCAUGCUGAUGGGCAUCUUAACCCUUUAUUGCUGCUACAGAGUAGUGAAAUCACGCUCUAUGAUACCUUCAUUGGACACCACUGUCUGGGAAUACCCAGAUGUCUGCAGAUACUAUUUUGGCUCUUUUGGGCAAUGGUCAAGUCUUCUUUUCUCCUUGGUGUCUCUCAUUGGAGCCAUGAUCGUUUACUGGGUGCUCAUGUCUAAUUUCCUUUUUAAUACUGGAGAGUUUAUUUUUAAUUUUAUAAAUCACAUUAAUGACACAGACUCUGUACUGAGUACCAAUGAUAGCAACCCUGUGAUUUGUCCAAGUGCUGGUCAUGGCGGUCAUCCCGACAAUAGCUCUAUGAUUUUCUACGCCAACGACACGGGGGUCCAGCAGUUUGGGAAGUGGUGGAGCAAGUCCAAGACCGUGCCCUUUUACCUCAUCGGGCUCCUGAUGCCACUGCUCAACUUCAAAUCACCUUCAUUUUUCGCCAAGUUUAAUAUUCUAGGCACCGUGUCUGUUCUCUAUUUGAUUUUCCUUGUCACCUUGAAGGCUGUGCGCUUGGGAUUCCAUUUGGAAUUUCACUGGUUUACGCCAACAGAGUUUUUUGUACCAGAGAUAAGAUUUGAGUUUCCACAGCUGACUGGAGUGCUGACUCUUGCUUUCUUUAUUCAUAAUUGUAUCAUCACACUCUUAAAGAACAACAAGAACCAAGAAAACAAUGUGAGGGACCUAUCUGUUAAUUUUUUAGACAACUUCCCUAGCAGUGACAUCCUGUCCUUCAUUGCAAGGAUCUUCCUGCUGUUCCAGAUGAUGACUGUGUACCCACUCCUAGGCUACUUGGCCCGUGUGCAGCUCCUGGGCCAGAUCUUCGGUGACAUUUAUCCUAGCAUUUUCCAUGUGCUGGUCCUGAAUCUCAUCAUUGUGGGAGCUGGAGUGGUCAUGGCCUGUGUCUACCCAAACAUCGGAGGGAUCAUAAGAUAUUCUGGAGCAGCAUGUGGCCUGGCCUUUGUAUUCAUAUAUCCAUCUCUCAUCUACAUCAUUUCCCUUCACCGAGAAGAUCGGCUGACGUGGCCUAAAUUACUCAUUCACGCGUUCAUCAUGAUGUUGGGCCUGGCCAACCUGAUUGUUCAGUUUUUCAUGUGAAACACUCACCUGUCUUCUCAAGAUAUCGUAUGGUAUUUAAGUUUUGACGAAGUUCAACAUAAAUUCACUUGUAGACCCUGUUGUUGUAAAUACUGUUCUAGAUGUUUUCCUAAGGUCAGUUUGAAAGCCAGGGGAAAAGUGGUCCCUUCAUCAGUGUUUUGAUUUCAUUAAGGGACAUCGGGUAAUAAGAGUGACCUCAGUCUCUUCGCUUUUGUCAUAUUCACUUUUUCUUUUUAAUCGUUUUAUUGGGGACUCGUACAGCUCUUAUCACAAUCCAUCCAUCCAUCCAUUGU